GUUUGUACACGGGUAAAUAAUGAAGGCAAUUAUAAUAUUGUUUGGUAUUUUACUAACUGGCGUGUUAGCUGUCUUGGAAGUACCGACUAAUUACCACGAUGCCAUUGGUAUUCCUCUUGCAAAGCGGAUAAAGGCUUUGGAAGAAGCAAUCCUAGCAAAUGAAACUAUUAUAAUUGAGGACAGAAUCAUCGGCGGAGAGGUAGCACCUGCGAACGCGUUCCCUUUUUUUGCUGGCUUACUGAUAAGUUUAGUUGGUACACCAAAUCAGUCAGUAUGCGGUUCUACACUACUGUCUGCGAAUCGAGUGGUGACUGCUGCUCAUUGCAACUUCGAUGGCGUCUUGCUAGCGUCGGAGUUUACUGUAGUUUUGGGCUCCAACUUUAUACACACUGGCGGUAAACGUAUUGCAACCAGUGAAGUCGUCAUGCAUCCCUAUUUUGUACCCGCGACCAUAAAUGAUGUCGCUAUAUUAUACUUGCCCGAGAACGUUGUAUUUACAGACAUUAUACAUCCGAUCAGGUUACCCGAUGUGUCACAGUUACAAAACCUAUUUGUGGGAUAUAAGGCCAUGGCUAUUGGCUUUGGAAGCACUACCGACAAACAUCAAAAUACUGCUGAGAACAUAUUGAGCUACGUCACUCUCCAGGUGAUCGACAACGCUGAUUGCGAACCCUUGGUAGUGACGCCUGAAAAUAUCUGCACGAGUGGCAUUGGACCUGUGGGACAUAUUGGUAUUUGUAGUGGAGACUCCGGCGGCCCCCUGAUCACCCUCGACUCCAAUGGAAAUCCAAUAUUGAUUGGUAUCACCUCAUUCAGAAGUAGGGCGAAAGGUUGUGAAGGAGGUGCCCCCUCAGGUUUCACUCGAGUCACCAGUUUCAUGGAUUUCAUCAUUUCUAAUUUAGAUACCAGAUGAACAAUGUGCUCUGUGAUUCUUGUUGACAGAAUGAAUAAAGUAUCUGUAAAAUAAA